AUGCCCAUCCCCCCACUGCCAUACCCUAGCAAGCUCACAUAUCAUGAAAUCGCAAGUUUCACCUGGAAGGUCAUCGCAGCUUUGGGAGUUGGUGUCUACGCCGCCGUGAAGUUCCCAUUUACUGCAAACGACAAUACAAAGACUUUCCGGGCUUAUGUCUCGCAUGCCUUUCUAAGGCAAAUUACUAAAAGCCUAUCAAUACGCCAGAUCCAGUCAGUGAUCACUUUCAUUGUGAUUGUCAUGUUUGUUGAGAUGGUUAUGUCACUAACGCAUGCCAGACUCACAACAACAGGAACAUCGUACAAUGAAUUCGCCAAGUCAAGGGAAAUCGUUCCUUACACUUCCCACUGGGGAGAAACCGGUCAUGGCUUCUGGGUCGGCAGCAGCAGUGCGAAUUAUGUCCUCGUGUGGUUUCACGGCGGCAACUACUACUCGCCAGCACACCCAGCAUACUUUGACUACUUGAACGGUAUAGUGGAAACAGUGUGCCGCAGCAUAGGAAAUCAGUUCGCCGUUCUUGUCGCACCAUAUACAUUAGCUCCACACGCAAAGUAUCCGUGCCAAUUGCGCGAAGGGCUCGAUGUCCUGCGUUACCUGGUAGAAGUGGAAGCAAAAGAGCCUGGAAAGAUUAUUCUAGGAGGAGACUCCGCGGGGGGAAACCUGGUGCUUGGAAUUCUCUCCCACCUGUCCCAUUCUCAUCCUGAUCCGAGUAUUCCCGAGGGUCCGUAUAUACAAGAAGACUUGGCUGGUGCGCUGCUGCUGGUUCCUUGGGUGUCCUUUGACCAGACCUGGCCGUCUAUUGAACGGAAUGCCGAACGGGACUGUGUAUCCCUUGUCCCUUCAAGCGUUAGUGCGGAGAACUGGUUAGGAGAGAAGCCCCUGGAUUUCUAUAACGAGCCUUUGCGAGCGCCGGUGGAUUGGUGGAGUAAUAUAAAAGCAAGGCAGUUACUCGUUGUUGCUGGCGAAGAUGAUCUGAUGGUGGACUCGCAUGAAGCGUUUGCAGCAAAUCUCAAGAUAUCGAACCCUCACAAAACCGAGGUAGUUAUCGCACCCGGUGAAGGCCAUAUCGCGCCGAUUCUGAACUUGAUGCUGGGUGAUCAGUCCGAGUAUGAAUCUACCAGAGCUAUGAAGAAAUGGUUGUUGUCUAUUGUUGAGUAAAGGUGUGAGUCUUGCUCUAUAGUGUAUUGACCUUAUCAUGUCCCCUACAAUCUGCAAUACUCGAUUAUCGCAGUUGGAAGGCAGUACCUUUGUUCAAUUACCAUAUGAACCAAAAGCAAUUACAAUUCUAAGAAUUGAUCCUCGAAGACCUGCCACGUCACAUUUAAAUCCCAUCCGGCUGAAUCCAGGGUCUCAGAAAUGGGAAGGCCACGGACCAGUAUCAACCGAGAAAUUGUUACACAGCUCCUCAGCUCUGACUUUUGAGCUGCCUUUCAGGCCCUAUGAAGGCCUCUGCGAUGUUUACACUUGGCAUCUGGCACGGACUCGGGUUGGUGGUCGAUCUGUGAUGCCUGGCACAGCGGGAAUAUUGCUCAUCUCUUUAACGAACUGAAAUCUAUUGCGAGAUCCAGACUUCAAUACAGUCCCCG